GUGGCUCAGGAGACACAGCUGUGACUUGGCACAGAAAGUGCAGCUCUGACUUGACUUGACACCAGAGGAUCAGCCAUCACUUGACUUGCUUUGGGUAUGGCAGACAUGACGGGACGAGAUUCGGAUGAGAUGACCUUGGCAUGAUGAGGCUCAGGCGUGGCAGCCAUCUUGGCCGGGGACUUAGAUGCAGCGGCCAUCUUGUGAACUGUCUUGGGGAUGGCGGCCAUCUUGUGAACUGUCUUGGGGAUGACAGCCAUCUUGUGAAUUGGCUUGGGGAUGGCGGCCAUCUUGUGAGCUGGCUGUGGGAGGGUGGCCAUGACAGUUGCAGACUCUGGAAGGGCGGCCAUGACAGGUGCAGGCUGUGGCUUGACAGAUGUGACGAGUGCAGGCUGUGGCUUGGCAGAUGUUACGUGAAUACGCCCUGGAGCGGCAGGCAUGGCGUGAGCAGGCCCUGGAGCGGCAGGCGUGGUGUGAGCAGGCCCUGGAGCGGCAGGCAUGGCCAGAGCAGGCCCUGGAGCAGCAGGCAUGGCAGGAGCAGGCUUUGGCUUGGAGGACAUGAUGUGAGCAGGCUUUGGUUGGUGUUGGAUGUUGGAUCCGCAAUUCCUAUCAUCAUGGGCUCAAACAUUGGCACAUCUGUCACCAACACCAUCGUGGCUCUCAUGCAGGCAGGGGAGAGAGAGGAGUUCAAACGAGCCUUUGCGGGUGCCACAGUGCAUGAUUGCUUUAACUGGCUGUCAGUGUUGGUGUUGCUGCCGCUGGAAGCCGUCACUGGCAUGAUGAGGCUCAUGUCGGAGGCGGUGGUUGAGAGUUUCAACAUCGUGACCGGAGAGGAUGGUCCGGAGCUCCUGAAAGUCAUCACAGAACCCCUCACUAAACGGAUUAUACAGCUGGAUAAGACCGUAAUCGUAGGUAUAGCAACAGGGCAAGAGGUGCUGCGCAAUAAGAGCCUGAUAAAAGUUUGGUGCCAUACACGUAUCCCGAUCCAAGAGAAUGUUUCUUUCGUACCUUCAGAAAACUCAACAGCGCAAACCACAUCACUACACAUGAAUGCUGAAAAAUGCACUCAUCUAUUUGUGGAGACGGGAUUGUCUGAUCUGGCUGUGGGGUUGAUUCUGCUGGCUUCCUCACUUCUGGUGCUUUGCACCUGCCUCCUGCUGCUGGUUAAGCUUCUCAACUCCCUUCUCCAGGGACAAGUGGCCAAAGCUAUCCAGAAAAUCAUCAACACAGACUUUCCUUUCCCAUUUGGCUGGCUGACUGGGUACAUGGCCAUUCUGCUUGGUGCUGGCAUGACCUUUGUUGUUCAGAGCAGCUCGGUGUUCACUUCUGCCAUCACUCCUUUGAUAGGUAUUGGUGUGAUAAGUAUCGAGCGGGCCUACCCUCUGACCUUGGGCUCCAAUAUUGGAACCACCACUACAGCCAUCUUAGCCGCAUUAGCUAGCCCAGGAGACAAGCUAGCUGCGGCCUUUCAGGUUGCUCUGUGUCAUUUCAUCUUCAAUAUUCUGGGCAUAUUACUUUGGUACCCAGUUCCUCCUAGUCGCCUCCCCAUCCGCAUGGCACGAUUCUUGGGUGAGCGGACAGCAAAAUACCGGUGGUUUGCUGUGCUGUACCUGAUUCUUUGCUUCCUCCUCUUGCCAUCCAUUGUCUUUGCCCUCUCCAUGGCUGGAUGGCAGGUUCUGGUGGGUAUCGGUGUACCAGGUAUUGCUGUCCUCCUUUGCAUUGUUGUUGUGAAUAGACUGCAAUCACAAAAGCCUCACCUCCUGCCUUGGUGGCUGCAAACAUGGGACCACCUGCCUCUCUGGAUGCACUCACUCAAACCAAUGGAUAAAAUCAUCACAAGAGUCACAUUGUGCUGCAGGGAAACCCGGAACAAUGAUCAGAGCCGCACGUCUCCUGAGGAUCUGCCACAGCUGACAGAAUACGAAGCUGAGAAAAAUCUUGCGCCUUUGGCACACAAAAGCCCAGCUUUGAUUUAUGGUUAUGAGACUAAGACUGGGGCUGUUUUUGACACACUGAAUGGCAAGAGCAGCAAGCUGUAGACGAUAUAUGUGGUACAUUAAAUGCGUUUUGGUCCUUAGAACGGUUUAUCUUUUCAUAUUUUGAUUAAACCGGUAUUGUCUCUACACUUUUUUUGAGUGUGAGUAUUUGUAAAAACAUUUGUGUGCCACCCCUAAACAGACAGUUAUGUGAAUGCCUUUGGGUUGCGCUCUCUCGAGAUGUGCAACCAAUGCAACCAAUAUACCUACAUUAAAUGUGCGAAGCAACUAAAUGUUAGAUUUUCAAUAUAUAUCAAUGUCAAGGCAAAAUGUUGAUUUGGUUUGUUUACUAUUAUUUUAAAACUACUAUUUAAAACCAUGCUAGAGUUAAUUUUAUGCUGGCACAUAUUUGAAAUCCAAUAACUCUCACAACAAAAAAUGUAUCAAAAACGUAAUGUGACACAACAUCAAAAGUAAUGGGACAACGGAGUGGCAUAUUCCUGCAAGUGCCUCAUUACAAUUGGUCAGAAAGGAAAUGGGAACCCCCAAUUUUUUUUUUUUACAUCAUGUGGCACAGAAUUCUAUGAACAUGCCUGAAGUAAUGGUCUGUCAUAAAUACUUGAAGGGCUGUUUUUCAGUCAAGCUCAGUCCGGCUAGAUGAACACUUUUAAAUUCACUUCAUUGAGUGGUCCCUGUGGCUUCUACUGACAAGUCAAUUUUAAAAUGCACCAAUUCAGUCUUUAGAAGCAAUGACAUGCAUAGUCAAGCGUAUAAAUGGCUGACUAAUUACAACACACUUCUAAAAAUGAAAACUGUCAUUGUCACAUGAAAUUAAACUGACCAACUUUUAAGUUCAACUUGAUGCAUAAAAGUAAAAGUAUUUUACUAUAUUUUACUACUGGGUGCAGGACACUGUAGUUUACUUAUGUAAGUGAAGAUAGCAAAAUAAAGUAAACUGACAAAUUAUACCCAAAAAUUCUCCAUACAGUGGACUACCAGUAAAAUCACUAAAAACUAUUUAUUCAAACACUGUGAUCUUACCAUGUUUUGCUUGUGACCUUUUUACACCACAGACUGACAAAAUUAAGCAUUGCUUGGUAAUUUCUAAACAAAGUAUUGAUAGUUGUAUAAAUAUUGUCAUACUAACAGAAUUUUUGGUUGAAUGUAAUCCAUUACAUACCUUUAUAUCAAAGUUAUCUGACAUUAUUAAGAUAAAUUUGUUCUGACACAGUUUAACUCUGAGUUCUUGUCAUUCUUUAUUACAGUUUUCUAAACUAUAGCAAAUAAACUGUGAUAAUGUGAGAAAUGUUGAAGGUGUCUGAAUAAA